UGGAAACCACGCCAUCCAUCCACGGGGUAUCGGUGAAUAUCUUGUGAGCUGCAGUUUUUUUUGCUAGAAACAGUAAACAGUGUGCGGACUCACAGGGGAGAUGAAGGUGAAGGUGGCUACGCGCAUCAGACCCCUUCUGCCUGCAGAGAUCCUGCAGAACCAACAGGUGUGUGUGCGCGUGGUGCCCGGCGCUCCGCAGGUGCUGCUAGCACGGGACCGUGCCUUCGCAUUUGACUUUGCCUUCGGACCAAAAGCCCAGCAGGAUGAAGUCUAUUGCACUUGUGUAAAACCCCUGGUGGCCUCUCUGAUGGAUGGCUACAACGUCACAGUGUUUGCAUAUGGCCAGACAGGAUCUGGAAAGACGUACACCAUUGGCGCAGGACACUUUGUUUCCAGCGCCGAAGAAGAGAGAGGAAUCAUCCCUCGUGCUGUCCAGGACAUCUUCCAGUGCAUUUCUGAGAAACACAACAUGGACUUUUCGGUGAAGGCUUCUUAUAUUGAAGUGUAUAAGGAGGAGCUGAGAGACCUUUUGGAGCUGGAGACAUAUUCAAAGGACAUUCAAAUACGUGAAGAUAAGGGCAAUACCGUGUUGGUUGGAGCACGGGAGACUGUGGUGGAAUCAGCUGAUGAGCUGCUCGGUGUGCUGGAGGCAGGUAACGCAGUACGUCGCACAGGCACCACCCAGGUCAAUGAGCGCUCCAGCCGCUCCCACGCCAUCUUCACAAUCUCUCUCACUCAGCACAACCCUGUGGCCAACCACACCCUCUCCUCCAAGUUCCACCUGGUGGACCUGGCAGGGUCAGAGCGGGUUGCCCGGACAGGCAACACGGGCCAGCGCCUCCAGGAGUCGGCUCAGAUCAAUAGUGGGCUGCUAGCGCUGGGCAACGUGAUCCGUGCCCUGGGAGACUCGCGCAAACGUGGGCAUGUGAACUAUCGUGAUUCUAAGAUCACCCGUCUGCUGAGGGACUCCUUGGGUGGUAAUGCUCAGACAGUCAUGAUCACCUGCCUUAGCCCUUCGUCUCUCAGUUUCCAUGAGACUCUCAGCUCGCUCAAGUUUGCCAGCUGCGCCCGUGCCAUCCAGAACAAGCCUGUGGUGAACUGGGAUCCAGGCCAGGAGAGAAUGGGGGAGCUGGAGCUGGAGGUGCGAACGCUGCGGGAAGCGUUGAGGGACCGAGAAGGGGGCAGUCAGGUUUCUCGGGACAAGCGGGAGCAAAGCCAAGCUAAGGCUCGAGUCCUGGCAGACCAGUUGGCUAAGCAGCAGCAGGAGCUCCUCCAGCUCCAUAACCUCACAGAAGAUGCUGCUCACCUACUGUUGGAACUCCGAGACUCUUCCUUGAACCCCUCCAUGAACCCCGAGCAAAGCCAGCGCCUGCAGGAAUGGCUGGAGACACACAUGAAGGUGCUGAAUCAGAAGUCCACUCAUCAGCCCAGUUCUUGGAAGGGUGCAGGGGAAGAGUCGCAACACAUCACUGUUGUGCAGCUCAGGCGAGAUCUCAAAAAGUGCCAGGAUGCCUUGUCCAUAGAUGAGCAGGUACUGUCUCAGAAGGAGGAACAGCUGCAGCAGCUGCAGGAGCAGGUGCACCAACUGGAGCAGGAGCGCCAAGGGAACUUCAGGGCUCUGCUGGAGGAGAGGAGGAGGAGUCGUCUGCAGAAUGAGAAACUUGAGGAACAACAGAUGUUGAUCAAUCAACUGAGAAGUGACCUCAGGACCUCGAGGACCUGCACUUCUGAAGUACCUGUGGAAGUCGGGACAUCUGGGAACUCUGUGCAGAGACCACACAGUGUCCCUUUACCCAACUGGCUGCUGACAGAUUCACAUAAUCAUGGCAUAACAGGCAAACGGAAGGUACACACUAGUCCACCAGCAUACUCUCUGGAAAGAGUGGUGGCAGCCUUCAAGACUCGCAGUCAGUUACUCCUAGCUCAGAUUGAGGAGAAUGAAGAAGUACUGACCCAGGACAUGGCCACUGACUUUGCAGAAGAGAACAAUAAGGAAGAGAAGAACCACCCCAAAAGUUUGAGGCGCUCCAAGAACCGCACCUGGACCCGUAGGCACAGCCAGAAUACACACACUGGAAAUGGCGUGGAUAGACAGCUGCCGCUGGAGUGGGGUAUCCCUCGCCAUGUUGAAUACUCUGCAGAGCAUGUUGAGUUUUGCUAUGGAUCAAAUCCCGACACUGCGGACGGUUCCAUGGAAGAGCAUGCUUUGAGGAGCAGUAAAACAGUGCACUUGCAGCACUUAAAGGAAGCAGAGCUACGUUAUUGUCAUGCCCAGCAGAGGAUCAAGGAGCUUGACUUCAACAUCCGUCUAAAGGAAGAUCUCAUCAAAGAACUGGUUAAAACUGGGAAGGACGCGCAGGCUGUGAACAGACACUACGCAAUGAAGAUCUCGCAGCUGGAGAAGGAGGUCGAACAGGGCAGAAACAGACAAAGACGCCACAGUGAGGGCCAGGGAAGCUCAGAGAAUGCCUGCAACAUGGACCAGUGUGACGCACAGGCUUUGACUGCCUUGUCCUCCCAGAGCGAGCGCAGUCGUGUGGAGAUGGAGCUCAGUGUGGACUACAUGAGGAGGCAAAGUGAGCGGCUGCAGGAGCAGCUGAGGGAGGAGGCAGAUAGGAGGAGGAGCCUGCAGGCAGACAUCACCAGGGACCAGCAGAGAAUCAGGGAGCUGCAGUUGAAGUUUGAUAAGCAGAAGGAAGCACUCUCAGAGAACACAGAGGAAACAACUGAUGGUAACAAUUUGGAACUGAAAGACUUGGAAGAGCAGAGACUAGAGGAGCAGCGUCAAUGGCUCGACCAAGCAGAAGAGAUGGUCUUACAGCAGAGAAAGACUCUGGCUGAGCUGCAGGAAGAGCUCAGGCAGAGGGAGGAGAUUAUCAGCCGCAGAGAGGCCUUUUUUCAGGAGAAGAGCCACCUUGAGAUGAAGAAAAUGCGCUCUAGUCAGGCUCUGAAUAGGGAUCUGCUCCAGGUCUCAUCUCGCCUGGCCACAGUAGACCAGGAACUGGAGAAAAAAAAUGCCCAACUACAGGGCAGUCCGUUGGAAGUCAGGGCCUCCCUGUCCUGCGAACUGGAUAGCCUUCAGCAGGAGAGGGAGCGUCUGCACAAGAGGAGGGACAGUCUGGAACUGAAGCUGAAAGAUGGCAGCGUGCUCACUCCUGAGGAAGAACAUACUCUGUUCCAGCUGGAGGAGGGAUUGGAGGCUCUCGAUGCUGCCAUCGAGUACAAAAACCACACAAUCAGUAGUGCCCAGAAACUGCUGAAGGAUACGUCUCAGGCUACCUGCUCCACUGACAUCAUGGGAAAACUUUGCACCCUUUCCUACCCACAGGUCAAGGCUCUGCUCCUUAAGUACUUCAACAAGGUGGUGUUUUUGCGAGAGGCGGAGCGACGACUGCAGCUGCGCUGUGAAGAGCUGGAGCUCCAGGCUGUCGAGCAGGAAGGCGUUGUGAGGGAACUUGAGGCUGCCUUACAGCGCCUGGCCUUGGACGCAGAUCGCCGUCUCACGGAGCAGCAGAGGGAGCACCAGCAUAGCAUGCAACAGCUCCUGCAGCAAUUCCAAGGGAGCCCCAGUGGUGGCAUUACGGAGAGCAUGAAAGUGAACGAGGCCAAAAUACAGCAGCUGGAGAAGGACCUGUUCUUCUACAAGAUGACAAGUCGAGAGCUGAAGAAGAAGCUCAAAGAGCUAGUGAAGGACUGCCAGAUCACGCAGUGCCCUUCCAGUCAAACACAGAACCAAAAGCCGGUGGACGGGAUGUUGCACAGAUCCGUAAAGGAGGGCGAGGAUGAUGGAUGCAGGUGUGAGUUGGUUCCAGUGAGGCUGUCCCGCAAGGAGGUGUGCCAGCUUUCCACAGUGGACCUGUCCAGAAGGCGCACCAUGUUGGCAGCCAGUUCAGGCUCUUUCCAGGAAGACUCCUUAGAGCUGUCCCAGAAAAACUGAUUGAUUGACUAUUUUCUGAUUGAAACUGAUGAAAACUGUUCUCAGCCUCAGGUUCAUAAUAUUAUUAACCGUUUUACCACACACUCGUAUUGAUAUAGCUAACGACCAUAUACAGCCCAUAAAUAUGGAUAGUCAAUAUGUGUGUUAGUGUGUUGUAAAAAGAGUUUGGUAUAGCUGGAAUUUUCUGCAAGUCAUCGUGACAAAGUUAGGUCAGUUGUUUCUGAUCCAUUUCUAACUUGUGUCAUAAAAGCUCAUCCAUGUGAGAAAACAACAAAACAUGAUUUCUCACAGAAAUGCGCUACCUUAACCACUUGGUAUAUCCAGCUGUGCCACAUUUUCCUAAUGAGCAUGGUUUUAAUGAUCAUUCAAAGAUCCUCUCCUGUAAAAAGUCACUUUUAUACAAGCUGUCUUUCUUUUCUGUGCAUAUUUCUCACAUUAGAUGUGUAAUAUAUUUGA